AAAAACACCUGUAUAAGCUGUGGCCGGGUGUUUACUGUGUAAAUAUCUCAUUCACGCCACCAUGCUGUCCUGUGCAGUCUCCACCGUGUUAUUGUCAUUUAUGCUUAUUACACUGCAAGGAAUCUAUGGGCACGACUACGGAUCGGAUUGCGUUCAAGAUAUACCACACUCUGUCGGUUUUCUACCACACAGAGAAAACUGUUCAACCAAUCCUAUAACGAAAGCAAGGGUUGGAAAACUCAGAGAUGUUUUCUUUGAAAACGGAAUUGAUGCCUACAUUGUCAGCACUGAAGACGCCCACUUUCGGCACAGAAGCUCCCCCCACGACAGCCGCCUGGCAGCAAUAUCUGGGUUUCCAGGCUCUAUUGGUAUAGCAAUUAUUACGAAAACGAGGCUUGUCUUGUGGUCAGAUGGACGCGCCUUCAACGCUGCCAGCGCCAGUUUAGACUGUGAAUGGGAACUCUAUAGAAAGGGUGGACCCGGCGUGCCUACUAUGUCGUCAUGGAUCAAACAAGAACUCGGAGAUUCCGUGAUUGGGUCAUGUCCUACUUUUCUCUCAUCAGCAUGGUGGAGAAAUUUUGAGCUGAGCUUCCUCAAAUCUGAUAUUCGACUACAGGCUAUAGAGGUUGACCUGGUAGAACAGAUUUGGACUGACAAUCGUCCCCCUGAAAGUACUGUCACGAUCAAUGCGCUGCCAACACAGUUCUCAGGAAGGAGUUGGCAGGACAAAGUAAGAGACACGUUUGUAGAAAUGGAGAAGGCUGAAGUGGAUGUCCUUGUACUCAGUGAUCUUGACGAGUGUCCAUGGCUUUUCAACAUGAGAGCAUUCGAUUUCGGAUACAGACCUCACUUUUUCGCAUAUGCCGUAAUCGAGAGGCGACAGAACAGCGCAAGAUUAUAUCUGCAUGAUCAUACGUCGAUUCUCACUCGGAGUCCCUCGGAUCCCGACGUUCAUAUAACAAUUAUGGAGCAUCUCAACACGGAUGAAAACGGAAAUUGUAAACCUCGGACUGAAGAUAAUGGUCCUGACGACACCGGCGCCUGUACAGUGACAGAUGAUGGAGUGAAAUCGUGUUCUGUAGACACUGACACGUGUCUGGAAGUACGAGAAUACGAUUUACAAGCUGUGGUUGAUGAUAUUCGACAAGCAUCCUCACAACCCCAGACGAGGAAGGUGUGGGUGUCGCCAUACUGUAACCAUGCUUUGUACUCUGCUAUCCCUGAGGUAAAGGUUUACCAAGCACCGACUCCCAUCUCUAUUACCAAAGCUGUACGGAAUCCGGUUGAAAUCAAAGGAAUGGUCGACUCCAAUUUGGUCGAUUCAGCAGCGGUGAUAAGAUUUUUUGCGAAGCUGGAAAAGGAGAUAAAGCAAGGUAAAGAUUGGACAGUUUUCCAGGCAUUUAAUGAUGUUCUAAAUUAUAGAAAAGAAAUACCAUAUUUCCGAUCGCCAGCAUUUAGGACCUUGACCGGAAGUGGCCCGUCUGCUGCACACUUAUACAACCUUCCGACUCAGGAAAGGUCACGAAAAAUUACAACAAAGGAGAUAUUUAUGCAGGAUACGGGAGGCCAAUAUAUAAAUCCUGGUACCACCGAUCUUACCAGGUCAUUUCAUUAUGGUGAGCCCACUGAAACGGAAAAGGAAAUAUAUACCCGUGUGUUAAUGGUUCUUGCGGAUAUAUCCAAACUUGUCUGGCCUAAGGGAAGAACAGGUCAUGAUAUUGAUGUCGUUGCGAGACAACAUCUGUGGGAGAUCGGAUUGGACUUCUCCCACGAAUCGGGACAUUCAAUAGGUUCUUAUGGGGGUGUGACUGAAGGUCCAGCAAAAAUAUCUUCAUCAAUGUCAACGUUUUUAUCGGAUGUCCCGUUGCACGCCUCAAUUUUUACUCAUGAUGAAAACAAGCACCAUUUCCCAGAUCCGUCCGAGAUACCAUUGGAGGAAAAUAUGUUCUUAACGUGUGAGCCUGGUUUUUACCAAGUUGGUAAGAUUGGCGUGAGAUUGGAGAAUGUCAAUAGAGUAAAAAGUGUACAAGGUUUAAAGUUUCAGAGCACUACCCAAUGCCAGUUUCUAGGAUUGGAACCUAUAACACUGAUACCAUUCGAACCUAACCUUAUCAUAUACGACAUGCUGAGUUUACCUCAGUUGGAAUGGUUAAAUGCCUAUCAUCAAACCGUAUUGGAAAAAGUCGUGCCUGUAUUGAAAGAGUUCAAAGAUGAAGAUGCCAUAAAAUGGGUUCUCGAAAGGACAAAGACAGUUAAACGAGGAUCGUGAUCAUGAAUUUAUUAUUAUUUAUUUUAUCUUAUAAUAUAAUAAUACUGGGCGCAGGCAAAUGUCUUUAUAUCCAGAUAAAAUAUAUCGUAUAACCAGUCAAUAAGUUCAAUAAGUUCAAUAAAUUCAUUACAGUCAAUAAGUUCAUUAUUGUCAAGUUCGUGAAAAAACAUUGUAAUUGUCCCAAGUGUUUUGGAGUUAUAGCGACGUGAUUUGGCAGGGAAUUCCAAUGGUUGUCAGCUCUUUCUUUUAAGGAGUUCUUUCUUAAGUUCAAUUAAGACUAUAACCUCUUGUUCGUUUGUUAUCGUUUAUAUUUAAAAAGCCUACCGUUUUAAAAGUGUCAUAGUAUCCAUGUAUUAGUUUAAAAACGUAUUUCUUAUUUUAUCCCGUUUUAAUAGAAGGAAAGAAAUAUUAAUUGGGAAAAUAAUAUUUCAAAAGUGGACUUUAUUUUUGUUAGUGAAAGAAAUUAAGCUAAAAAGUGUGGCACCCUCUUAUAUGAUUCAAUUAUAAGGUAUGUAUACUUUUUGGUGAGUGACUGAGAGUAUAAGUUAUAUAUAUAUAUUUAUAACAUGUUAGAUAUUAUGUGUUCUCAUAAGUUUUGAUGAUUGACUUUAUGUGAUAUACUCGAAUAUUUCAAUUUAAUUGGUUUUGUCAAUCAAAUGAUAGCACUCCCUCUAAAAUAUCAUCUUUUGGUGAUCUAACGAGUAAUUAAAACAUAAGGUUAAUGGGUAAUGUUGUUAUCCAAAACUCAGUAUGUGUUGUCCUAAUUAAAAAGAUCUGUAUCUGAAAUAGGACUUUAAUGACAUUCAAUUCGUGAAUUUUCCGCUUGUUCUUUGAAACUGGUUUUCGCAUUCAAAUGGUUUUUUCUUUAAGCAUUUUGUUCAAAAUAACAAAAUACACUCGAAUCUGAGACUGUAUUUUGUCAAAAUAAUUUUUUGUCCAUUUGUACCUGGGAUAGGCAUGAAGUGCCAUCACCUUGGAAAAUUCCUCAGCGAUUUGCUACAACUGAAUUCAAUGUAUAUGUAAAUACUUAAUCAUGUCAAAAUGUCAAAUUCUAACGUUACUACUACCGCUCUUAUAUUGCCAGCGCAGCUCGUGAAAAUAGUUUGAUUUUUCCCCGGAGUUAUUUUGUGUUUUAUGAAAAUCCAAGAUUAUUUUUAAAUUAUUUCAUUCCGUGUUCAAUUAAGCAUUGAACUGUUACCAGAUGUAGUAUACAGUCGGUAUGAAUGCAAUUUGGGUGACAGACAAAUAGAAUGUCGCCCGUUAGGCGUCUGUCAUUCAAAUUGCAUUCAUAUCGACUGUAUACUUUAUCUGGUAACAGUUCAAUGCUUAUAUUUACAUUUAUACAGUU